AUAUGAUAUUAUAAAAUCCUUCUAUAAUUCUUGUUGUCUUAAAAAUAUUGAAGAAACUUAAAUCCUAGGGUGAAAACAACAAAAGUAUGCAAGAAUUCACAGUUGUAAUUGUCGGUGCUGGUCCUUCCGGCUUAGCAAUUUCAGCAUGCCUAACACAAAACUCCAUUUCUCAUAUCAUAUUUGAAAAAGAAGAUUGUUGUGCUUCUCUUUGGAGAAAAAAUGCUUAUGAUCGUUUAAACCUCCAUUUGGCUAGUGAGUUUUGUUAUUUACCUCUCAUGCCUCAUCCACCCUCAGGCCCAACCUACCUAUCCAAAGACCAAUUCCUUCAAUACAUAGACAAAUAUGUCGAACAUUUCAAUAUAAAACCUCACUAUUGUCAUAUGGUUGUGUCUGCUGAGUAUGAUGAAGUUAGUAAAAAAUGGAGUAUUGAAACAAAGAACAUACGAGAAGACAAAUCAGAAAAAUAUAUAUCGAAUUAUCUUGUGAUCGCCUCUGGUGAAAAUAGUGAAGGUUAUAUUCCUAAUGUGUCUGGACUAGGCAACUUUGAAGGAGAGGUGGUACACUCCAAAUACUAUAAAUCUGGUUCAAAAUAUGAAUCAAAAAAGGUUUUGGUAGUUGGCUGUGGUAACUCGGGAAUGGAGAUUGCUUAUGACCUCCAUAAUUGGGGUGCUAACCCUUCCAUUGUCAUUCGAAGCCCGUUUCAUGUUAUGACCAGAGAAUUGAUGCAUCAAGGGAUGCGUAUGGUGAACUAUUUGCCUGUUAGUGUUGUAGAUACAAUCGUUACUUUUUUGGCAAAAUUAAAAUAUGGUGAUUUGUCCAAGUACGGGAUUUAUCGUCCUAAAGAUGGGCCUUUACAUCUCAAAAAUAUUACAGGAAAGUCUGCAGUUAUUGAUGUUGGAACCAUCGAAAAGAUUAAGGAGGGAGCUAUCAAGGUUGUUCCUUCAAAUAUAACGAGAAUUGAGAAGAAGAAAGUUGUCUUCAAAAACAACAUCGAAGAAGAGUUUGAUGUGAUUGUUUUUGCUACCGGCUACAGAAGUGUAGUGAAUAAAUGGCUUAAGGAUUACAAAUAUGCUUUUAAUGAUAAAGGAUUUCCAAAAAAUCCUUUUCCGAGGCAUUGGAAGGGGGAUCAUGGACUGUAUUGUGCAGGACUAGCAAGGAGAGGCUUGUUUGGAGUCAAAGUGGAUGCUGAAUCAAUUGUAGAGGACAUCAACCAAAAUCUUAAUUCAAAUAAUUAAUCAAUAUUAUUCAUUGAAGAAGAAGUUUUGCCCUUUAAUUAGUUUCUACGAGAGUUUUUUUUACGAGAG